AUAAAAGCUCACCACGUAAACCAGAGAUUAUAUGAAGACACAGAGGAAAGUCUGUGAAUCAACAAAAAGCAUGAAGUUCGAAGAUCUAAUUACGGAGAUCAAUGGCUUUGGCAGGUUCCAGAAGAUGAUGCUUUGCAUCAGUUUUGUAGGAAGAUUCACUAUGCCGUAUCACAUUCUAUUAAGCAACUUUAUCGCUGCAAUACCAUCUCACCACUGUGAUAUUAGUUCUCUGGAUGCAGAGGGAAUCUUUGGGAAUCUGACUCAGGAGGAGAAACUGACUGUCAGUAUUCCAACUCAAGAUGAUGGGACUCCUGCUUCUUGUCACAUGUUCUCUUAUCCUCAGUUUCAUCUGUUGACAAACUCCUCCAGCAGCUCAGAACUUCCAGUAGUCCAGUGCCAGAAUGGAUGGGAGUAUGACAACAGCACAUUUAUCAGCACUCUCGCCACACAGUGGGAUCUGGUAUGUGAUAACAAAGGUAUGAGUAAAGCUGUGACCACCAUCUUCUUCGUUGGAGUGAUGUUUGGAGCAGCUUUUUUUGGAGGCAUGAGUGACAGAUUUGGUCGUAAGCCGAUGCUGCUGGCCUCCUAUAUAUCAGGAAUAGCUUUUACAUUGGCCAGCACCUUUUCUUCCUCCUUCAUCAUGUUUGCGGUGUUGAGAUUCUUUAGUGGAUUCACCAUCACUGGAGUCAUUACUGUUUCAACUGUGCUCAAUGUGGAGUGGGUGGACAUUCAACACAGGAGGCUUGUAUGUAUAAUUGACAGUUUGGCAUGGGCUUUUGGGAGCACCUCUUUGUCUCUUUUUGCAUUCUUUAUCAGAGACUGGAGAUGGCUGACGGUGGCCAUCACAUCACCUUUACUACUAUCCACUGUCCUCUGGUGGUGGGUUCCAGAGUCGGCUCGGUGGCUGAUAGCCAAUGGGAGGACAGAAAAAGCUCAUUAUUAUCUUCACAGAUGUGCUGUCAUGAACUGCAAGGAGGAAGUUAUAUCAAGAAUUAAGCCUGAGGCUCUCUCUAUAAUAGUUACAGAUGAAAGAAAGAAAAAUUAUUCAUACCUGGACCUUGUCAGAACCCCUAAAAUGAGGAGAGUGGCUCUACUCACAGGAACCAUAUGGUUUUGUGUUGCCAUUAUGACCUAUGGUAUCAGCCUCAAUAUCACAGGCUUUGGAAUUAAUAUAUAUCUCACUCAGUUUGUGUAUGGAGUCAUUGAGGUUCCCUCUAAACUCAUGGUAUAUUACUUGCUGGAGAAGAUUGGCAGACGUAAAACUGAAGCAGGAGCUCAGCUGUUGGCUGGAAUCAGCCUUAUGAUUAAUAUAUUCAUACCUAAAGAUCAGUGGGUUGGUCGUACUGUGGUGGCAGUACUAGGCAAAGGUUUCUCGGUUGCUGCUUUUUGUACUAUUUUAUUAUAUAGCUCAGAGCUUUACCCGACUGUCCUCAGACAAAAUGGGAUGGGCUAUUGCUCAUUUCUGGCUCGUCUGGGAGUGUGUUUGGCUCCUCUAGUUCUGCUCUUGGACAGUUUUUGGGGACACUUCUCUCAGACCAUCCUGUGUUCUGUGGGACUCAUUGCUUCUGUGGUGGCCUGGCAGUUACCUGAAACACGAGACCAGUGUCUGCCUGAGACUAUAGAGGAUGUUGAGGGUACUAGGAAAAAUCUUAUUAAAGAUUAUGAAAAGCAGGAGGACUAGGAGAAAAUGGCAAUUAACCCAAUGAGGACCACUGAGAUCACUGUGCGUACAUUAAGUCAUAAAUUAAUGCAAAGUUGUUUAUCAUAAUGUUCAAAUCCCAGGAGAAUGUGCACAAAAAAAUUGAAAUUCCUUUAAAAUAUGUUUUAUUAGUUAUACAACUUUCUCCAAUGCCAUGUAAUAGUAACAGAUAUUUUCUAAUAAUAAAUUAAUGUGUGAAUGAAUCAAUGGAAAUUGUGAGUGCUUUUGUAAAAGAAAAAAAACAAGAAAAUCAGAAAGUAUGUGUGCAUGUUUAAGUGACUUUUGUAUUACUUCUUUUUAUUAGAUACCAGAGGCCAUUUCUGGUCAUCUGAAUACAUUUAUCAUAGUUGCUUAUGACAUUUGCAUAUAUCUGGCUAUGUGAAAAUAAAUCUCCAUACAGUUUUAUUAAUGUAUAAAAAUACUUCUGUAAGAAAUAAAAAAACACCUUUUACUUUGUGACCUAA